AUCACACAGAAGGGGUAUGAGAAGAAGAGGUCCAAACUCCUUUCUCCUUACAGCCCACAGACACAAGAAACUGAUUCAACGGUGCAGAAGGAACUUAGAAAUCAGACACCUGCUCCAUCUUCGACUCAAACUUCUGCUCCCUCCAAGUACCACCGAACUCGAUCUGGGGGAGCCAGGGAUGAGCGAUACCGAUCAGAUAUCCACACAGAAGCAGUUCAAGCUGCACUGGCAAAGCAUAAAGAACAGAAGAUGGCUUUGCCCAUGCCAACCAAAAGACGGUCUACAUUUGUCCAGUCUCCUGCAGAUGCCUGUACACCUCCUGACACGUCUUCGGCCUCUGAGGAUGAGGGCUCUCUGAGACGCCAAGCUGCGCUCUCUGCUGCCUUGCAACAGAGCUUACAGAAUGCUGAGUCCUGGAUCAACCGUUCAAUUCAGGGAUCGUCCACCUCUUCAUCCGCAUCUUCUACGCUGUCCCAUGGAGAGGUCAAAGGAACCAGUGGGUCUCUAGCUGAUGUAUUUGCCAAUACUCGAAUAGAGAAUUUCUCUGCUCCCCCUGAUGUCACCACAACUACCUCUUCCUCAUCAUCAUCUUCCUCAAUACGCCCAGCCAAUAUUGACCUGCCCCCCUCGGGGAUAGUUAAAGGCAUGCACAAAGGAUCCAACAGGUCCAGCCUUAUGGAUACAGCUGAUGGUGUUCCUGUCAAUAGUAGAGUAUCCACAAAAAUCCAGCAGCUUCUCAACACUCUGAAACGACCCAAAAGACCUCCCUUAAAGGAAUUUUUUGUGGAUGACUCUGAAGAAAUUGUGGAAGACCCCAACCAGCCCAAGCCCGAGGGACGGCAGGUGACGCCUGUGAAGGGCGAGCCUUUAGGGGUCAUCUGCAACUGGCCUCCUGCCCUAGAAUCUGCCCUGCAGCGCUGGGGCACCACUCAAGCAAAAUGCUCCUGUCUGACUGCGCUGGACGUGACAGGGAAGCCGGUCUACACACUCACAUAUGGAAAGCUAUGGAGCAGAAGUUUAAAGUUGGCCUACACACUGCUUAAUAAACUGGGGACCAAAAAUGAACCUGUGUUGAAACCUGGAGACAGGGUAGCGCUGGUUUACCCCAACAACGAUCCAGUCAUGUUUAUGGUGGCUUUUUAUGGAUGUCUCCUGGCAGAAGUGAUUCCAGUGCCUAUAGAGGUACCUCUUACCAGAAAGGAUGCUGGAGGUCAGCAGAUUGGCUUCUUGCUAGGAAGCUGUGGUGUUGCCUUAGCUCUUACCAGUGAAGUUUGUCUAAAAGGACUGCCAAAAACCCAGAAUGGAGAAAUUGUACAGUUUAAAGGUUGGCCCCGGCUCAAAUGGGUUGUUACAGAUUCCAAGUACCUUUCAAAGCCACCUAAAGACUGGCAGCCACACAUCUCACCUGCUGGGACAGAGCCUGCAUACAUUGAGUAUAAAACAAGCAAAGAAGGGAGUGUGAUGGGAGUUACAGUGUCCCGGCUUGCGAUGCUGUCCCACUGCCAAGCUCUGUCGCAGGCCUGCAAUUAUUCUGAAGGAGAAACAGUAGUAAAUGUCUUAGACUUUAAGAAGGAUGCUGGGCUGUGGCAUGGCAUGUUUGCGAAUGUAAUGAAUAAGAUGCAUACAAUUAGUGUGCCCUACUCUGUUAUGAAGACCUGUCCUCUCUCUUGGGUCCAAAGAGUACAUGCCCACAAAGCCAAGGUAGCUUUAGUAAAAUGUCGAGACUUGCACUGGGCUAUGAUGGCGCAUCGGGACCAAAGAGACGUGAGCCUGAGUUCCCUCCGAAUGUUAAUCGUGACUGAUGGCGCCAACCCCUGGUCUGUGUCAUCCUGUGAUGCCUUCCUGAGUCUGUUCCAAAGCCAUGGGCUGAAGCCUGAGGCCAUCUGUCCAUGUGCUACGUCCGCUGAAGCCAUGACUGUAGCAAUCCGCAGGCCUGGAGUCCCAGGGGCCCCUCUGCCAGGAAGAGCCAUUCUCUCAAUGAAUGGAUUGAGCUAUGGGGUAAUACGGGUCAAUACUGAAGAUAAAAAUUCCGCACUGACGGUCCAGGAUGUGGGGCAUGUCAUGCCUGGUGGAAUGAUGUGCAUUGUGAAACCAGACGGACCUCCCCAACUCUGCAAGACAGAUGAAAUUGGAGAAAUCUGUGUUAGCUCCAGAACUGGAGGCAUGAUGUACUUUGGGCUUGCUGGUGUGACAAAAAAUACAUUUGAGGUGAUUCCAGUGAAUUCUGCAGGUUCUCCUGUUGGGGAUGUGCCGUUCAUCCGAUCAGGAUUGCUGGGAUUUGUAGGACCAGGUAGUUUGGUGUUCGUGGUUGGGAAAAUGGACGGCUUACUGAUGGUUAGUGGUCGAAGACAUAAUGCUGAUGACAUUGUUGCUACUGGAUUGGCUGUUGAGUCAAUAAAGACUGUUUACAGAGGAAGAAUUGCUGUGUUUUCUGUGUCUGUAUUUUAUGAUGAGCGCAUUGUGGUGGUUGCGGAACAAAGACCCGAUGCUUCUGAGGAAGACAGCUUCCAGUGGAUGAGCCGGGUGCUGCAGGCGAUCGAUAGCAUUCAUCAAGUGGGCGUUUAUUGUCUUGCUUUGGUGCCUGCCAAUACAUUGCCAAAAACUCCACUAGGAGGAAUCCAUAUAUCCCAGACAAAGCAGCUCUUUCUGGAGGGAUCUCUACAUCCUUGCAAUAUCCUCAUGUGCCCACAUACAUGUGUGACGAAUUUGCCAAAACCCCGGCAAAAGCAACCAGGUGUAGGCCCUGCCUCCGUGAUGGUUGGGAAUCUGGUUGCCGGAAAACGCAUCGCCCAAGCUGCUGGAAGGGAUCUGGGGCAAAUCGAAGAGAAUGAUUUGGUGAGGAAGCACCAGUUCCUGGCAGAGAUUUUACAGUGGCGAGCCCAGGCAACACCUGACCAUGUACUCUUCAUGCUGUUAAAUGCCAAGGGAACUACUGUAUGCACAGCCAGCUGCCUUCAACUUCAUAAGCGAGCAGAGAGGAUUGCAUCAGUUCUUGGCGACAAGGGGCAUCUAAAUGCAGGAGAUAAUGUGGUGUUGCUUUAUCCACCUGGCAUCGAGUUAAUUGCUGCCUUCUAUGGCUGCCUCUAUGCCGGGUGUAUACCUGUGACUGUCCGACCUCCUCACGCUCAGAACCUUACUGCCACAUUGCCCACUGUCCGCAUGAUCGUUGAUGUCAGCAAAGCAGCCUGUAUUCUCACCACCCAGACCCUAAUGAGGCUACUAAAAUCCCGAGAGGCUGCAGCAGCAGUGGAUGUGAAAACCUGGCCAACUAUCAUUGAUACAGAUGACUUGCCCAGGAAAAGGUUACCUCAGCUGUAUAAGCCGCCCACUCCUGAGAUGCUGGCCUAUCUUGAUUUCAGUGUCUCCACAACUGGCAUGCUUACAGGAGUGAAGAUGUCCCACUCUGCAGUCAAUGCUCUUUGCAGAGCCAUCAAGCUCCAGUGUGAGUUGUACUCUUCUCGGCAGAUCGCCAUCUGCCUUGACCCUUACUGUGGACUUGGCUUUGCACUCUGGUGUCUCUGCAGUGUCUAUUCCGGUCACCAGUCCGUAUUGAUUCCUCCUAUGGAGUUAGAAAACAACCUUUUCCUCUGGCUCGCCACCGUCAACCAAUACAAAAUAAGGGACACCUUCUGCUCCUAUUCGGUGAUGGAGCUCUGCACUAAGGGGCUUGGCAAUCAGGUGGAGGUGCUCAAGACCAGAGGGAUCAACCUCUCCUGCGUCCGAACCUGCGUGGUGGUGGCAGAGGAACGGCCCCGUGUUGCACUCCAGCAGUCCUUCUCCAAGCUCUUCAAAGACAUUGGACUGUCCCCGCGGGCUGUCAGCACCACUUUUGGAUCAAGAGUCAAUGUAGCAAUAUGUUUACAGGGAACCUCAGGGCCUGAUCCGACUACUGUGUAUGUAGAUCUGAAAUCACUGAGACAUGACAGGGUUCGUCUUGUGGAACGGGGUGCUCCCCAGAGUUUGCUCCUCUCAGAGUCUGGAAAGAUUUUGCCUGGAGUCAAAGUGGUGAUUGUGAAUCCUGAGACCAAAGGGCCUGUGGGCGACUCUCACCUUGGAGAGAUUUGGGUGAACAGCCCCCAUACAGCCAGUGGCUACUACACCAUCUAUGACAGUGAGACCCUUCAAGCGGAUCAUUUCAACACUCGCCUCAGCUUCGGGGAUGCCGCUCAGACACUCUGGGCUCGGACAGGAUACCUUGGCUUUGUGCGCCGGACGGAGCUCACGGCAGCCACUGGAGAGCGUCACGACGCAUUGUACGUGGUGGGAGCUCUGGAUGAAACGCUGGAGCUGAGAGGGCUGCGAUACCACCCGAUUGACAUUGAGACCUCAGUGGCUAGGAUCCACAGAAGCAUUGCUGAGUGCGCCGUGUUCACAUGGACCAACUUGCUUGUGGUGGUUGUGGAACUGUGCGGCUCCGAGCAGGAAGCCCUGGAUCUGGUCCCGUUGGUGACCAACGUGGUCCUGGAAGAGCAUUACCUCAUUGUGGGCGUCGUGGUUGUGGUGGACCCAGGGGUCAUCCCAAUCAACUCCAGAGGGGAGAAGCAGAGGAUGCAUCUCCGCGACAGCUUCCUGGCGGACCAGUUAGACCCUAUCUACGUGGCCUAUAACAUGUAGCGGCCCCAUGGGGACUGCAGGGGGCCCUCCUGAAGAACCGCCAAGAAGGAAGCCCCGUGACUGGGAGCAAGCUUCGAAAGGAUGUGAAGCAAGCUGCGAUGGCUGCGCUGUGUUCUUCAUCUCAUCCUGUGGGAUUCUGCGAUCAUACAGCACACAGGAAAGGGGAAUUCUGUGGUGGCAACUGAAAAAAAUGUCAACAGUGUGGUAGAUGCGAGCUUUGACAUAGCGUGAGCAGCACCUCACUAAAGCAGUUACAUGCAUGUUGCAUUUUUUUCAUCUGUUGUACAUACUUGUAUUUUUAUCUAAUGCCAUUUUAGAAUUUUAUAAGGGAGUGUAAUGACUUCACAUGAAAGGGGUUGUCUGAGUGACACAGUCCCCGCUCUGUACUGUAUUUUGCCACUUUGCUAUAGCUAGGCGUUCUGCAGGUUUUGUUAACAUGGAACUACUCUGCUUAUUUUCAGUCAACCAUAAGCAAGUCAGAUAACCCACUGAAUUUGAGAACUACUUUAUAUAUAUAAUUCCUGACUGUAAAACAUUUUGACUAGUGUUUUAAACAUGUAAAUAAGAACAUGCAUAAUUCAGCUAAAGAAUUAAAGAAUCGGUUUGUAUAAUUGCAACCAAAGUAGAAAUAUUUCUGCUUUGAGAGAAUUUCAAUAUUCUCUUAAUGUAGUGUAAUUGAUUAGCUAACUAAAAAGUGCAAAUCGUUUGCAGUUUCACUGCA